ACGCGUGGCGCGCGCGCAGCAGCCCGUCAUGUUCUCCGAGGUGAGUGACGUCAACCUGACGUUCAACCUGAGCGCGCCGCUGUCCCAUCUGGAGCAGGACUGGAGCGACGCGCCGCACAAGCGUCUGACGCUGAGCGGGUACCGCGUGGUGUCGGUGUGUCUGGGCUCCAUCAUGGUGUUCGGGUUCCUCAACAACCUGCUGGUUCUGGUUCUGUUCUGCCGCUUCCGGUCUCUGCGGACUCCCGUCAACAUGCUGCUGCUCAACAUCAGCGUCAGCGACAUGCUGGUGUGCGCGUGCGGCACGACGCUCAGCUUCGCCUCCAGCCUGCGGAGCCGCUGGCUGUACGGCCGCAGCGGCUGCAUGUGGUACGGCUUCAUCAACUCCUGCUUCGGAAUUGUGUCGCUGGUCUCCCUGGCCGUCCUGUCCUACGACCGCUACAGCACCCUGAUGGUAUACAACAAGCGGGUGUCGGACUACAGGAAGCCGCUGCUUGCAGUGGGCGCGGCGUGGCUGUACUCGGUGGGCUGGACGGUGCCCCCCCUGCUGGGCUGGAGCAGCUACGGUCUGGAGGGGGCGGGGACCAGCUGCUCGGUGACGUGGACGGAGAGGUCGUCCGCAUCUCACUCGUACAUCGUCUGUCUGUUUGUCUUCUGUCUCGGCCUCCCUGUCCUCGUCAUGGUGUACUGCUACGGACGCCUGCUGCACGCCGUCAAACAGGUGGGUCGUAUCAGGCGCACGGCGGCUCGUCGCAGAGAGUUCCACAUUCUGUUCAUGGUCGUCACCACGGUGGUGUGUUUCCUGCUCUGCUGGAUGCCGUACGGCGUCGUUGCCAUGAUGGCCACCUUCGGCCGGCCAGGAGUCGUCAGCCCCAUCGCCGCCGUCGUCCCAUCGAUCCUCGCCAAGAGCAGCACCGUCAUUAACCCCGUCAUCUACAUCCUCAUGAACAAACAGUUCAACCGCUGCUUCCUGAUCCUGCUCGGCUGUAAACACCCGCUGACGGAGAGCGCUCACUCCGCCGCGCCCUCAAAGACCACCGUGGUCCAGCUCAACCGCCGACCGUGUGACAGCAGCUCCAGACACGCCACCGCCGCUGAGCCGGCGCCGCUCACCACACAGGGCACCAUCCACAUGGAGGGAACCAGCGCCCUCAAAACAGACCCCGCCAAACCACCUGACCCUGCCUCCACUCUGAUGUAAGCGCGAUGUCACCCUGUGAGUCAGCGAUGACACGUUAACAUCCACAAUAUGAACACACUGACGUGUGCGGACAUGCGGACACGUAUGUAAACAUGUGCCACAGACAUGUUUACAUUUAUUAACAUGAACAGAACAACAAACAAUAAAUAAAACAUUAAAAUCAUCCUGACGUUUAAACAUGAAAAUAAAUGCUUCGCUAUUAACAGAGGCAUUUUCAGAGUCCGUCCUCAUCAAUGUGAUCGCUACAGAGCGCACCAGGGCAGUAUCCUCAGAUUUGGCACAAACAUCCACGCGGACGCAACAAUGAAUACAUUAGAAGUUGGUGGUUGAAGGUCAGAGGUCACUAUGACCUUGCAUCUGUCUUAUUUUCAUUAAUUCAGUAUCUCAAGAACACCUUGAGGGAAUUCAUUUUCAAAUUGGCACCAACGUCCACUUGGAGUCAACAUGAAACUGGCUAGAAUUUGGUGGUCAAAGGUUAUUGUGACCUUGCAUCUGUUUCAUUUUUGUGAGUGCAAUAUCUCAAGAAGGCCUUGAGCUAAGUUCCUUAAAUUUUGACAAGAACGUCCACUUGGACUAAAUGAUA